AAUUACAAGAUUACAAGAAUUACAAAAUUACAAGAAUUCCAAGAUUACAAAAAUUACAAGAUUACAAGAUUACAAGAAUUACAAGAUUACAACAAUUACAAUGAUUACAAGGAUUACAAGAUUACAGCAAUUACAAGAUUACAAGGAUUACAAGAUUACAUGGAUUACAAGAUUACAGCAAUUACAAGAUUACAGCAAUUACAAGGUUACAGCAAUUACAAGAUUACAGGGAUUACAAGAUUACAGCAAUUACAAGAUUACAAGGAUUACAAGAUUACAGCAAUUACAAGAUUACAUAGAUUACAAGAUUACAGCAAUUACAAGAUUACAGCAAUUACAAGAUUACAGCAAUUACAAGAUUACAGCAAUUACAAGAUUACAGCAAUUACAAGAUUACAAGGAUUACAAGAUUACAGCAAUUACAAGAUUACAGCAAUUACAUGA